AUGAAGUCCGACUGGCAUAGAUAUAAUUUAAAAAGAAGAGUGGCCAAUUUACCUGCUAUUGAUGAAGAUUUGUUUAAUGAAAAAGUUCAAAAAUUAUCAUUAGAAGAAAGUAAUGAAGAGACUCAAGGUAAAACCAAGAAGCUUUCAAAGAAAGAUCAAAGAAGACAAGAGAAAGAAGCUCUUUUGGAAAAGAAGAAGCAACUUCUUGAAAUUGCAAGACAAAAUAUGUUAAAAUCUAUGUCAUCUGAUAAUGAAAUUAAACAAGAUGAAGUGAAACAGGAAGUUCAAAAGACUGAACAAGAAGUUCAGAAAGAGGAUGAAUCAAAUGACCAAGAACUAACUGAAGAACAACAAGCUGAAAGAGUGAUGGAAGAAAAAUUAAAGAAUAAAGUUGAAAUACCUAAAGAAGUAUGUUUGUUUUGUAACAAAAAAUUUCCAUAUUUUGAAGAAGCUUUAAACCAUAUGUUCAAACACCAUGGUUUCUAUAUCCCAGAACAAAAAUAUUUGGUUGAUAAAGAAGGUCUUGUGAAAUACAUGGCUGAAAAAGUUGGAUUGGGUAACUUGUGUUUUGUGUGCAGUUUCCAAGGAAGAUCUUUAGAAGCUGCAAGAGCUCAUAUGUUAUCAAAAAAUCAUUGUAAAAUACCUUAUGAAAGUGAAGAUGAAAAAAUGGAAAUCUCAGAAUUCUACGAUUUCACAUCAACUUAUGAUGAUUACAAACAAGCCAAAGAAGGUGAAGCUAAUGAUGGUGAUGAUGAUGGAGAAUGGGAAGAUGUUGAAGAAGCUUCUGGGGAUGAAGAUGAAGAAGAUGAAGAACUACCACAAGAAGUUUCAUACAAUGAUGGUAUUGAAUUACAUUUACCAUCUGGUGUUAAAGUUGGACAUCGUUCUUUGGCAAGAUAUUACCGUCAAAAUUUGAGACCUGAGGUUGUCUUAUCUGAAGGUCAAGGUACUGUUAUUUCAGCUGAAUCAAGACAUUUAGCUACCGUUCAUGACAGAAAACAAUUAUUGGAAAAGAAAAGAGUAUGGAAGAAUGAAAAACAUCAUCAAGAUAGAGAUGAUAGAAGAGCUGCUAAAUUUAUCAACAAUCAACCUCACUAUAGAGAUCAAUUGUUGCAAUGA